GUUCGGGAGAUAACGACUUACCUUUAUAAAAGGAUGCAUAUUGCCAAAAUGUCAUAUUGUUUGUCGUCCAAUGUUCGGUGACGUUUCUCCUCCUCAUUGGAGGCCAUGUUUCAUCAGCGAAGAUGGGCGACACCAUUUCAUGCCGAUGUCCUCACACACACACUAAGAAAAUAAGAUCUAAAUAUUCACUAGCGCCAGUGGACAUCGCUAUAUGUGAUUCUGAAGAGGAUUACGAUCUUUGUGUGUGAUUUAGACAUCGAGAUUACAAAUCCGGCUAAUUUACGUUUAGUUUAGCCUCCAGGCACCCCCCGCCCCCAUCUCCCCCCUCCUCACGAGCUCGAGCCUGCUAAUAAACACCAAUUGACGACGAAGAGACGAUGAAAAUGGACAGCUGCAACGGGAUUCCAACAGAAACGAGGCCCCGCUCUGAUUUAUGACUACCUUUGUACUCUAGUGCAUUUCUAAAGCAACCAUGAUAUUUGCGCUAUGGCCGCUGCUGAUCCAAAUCAGCGCACGGCGGGGGGUCGCGCCGAGCCCAACCGACGAGGGAGCAAUGCGGGCUGGCCACGGGGACCACGGAGAGCCGGGCCGCCAGGAGCACCACAAGGACUCGUACAGCACCUUCGCCUCCGAGUUCUUGGAAUCUCGAUAUCUGUCUGAUGAUGGUUAUCCUUUUCCCACUGCGCCACCAGUGGACCCCUUUGCCAGAAUCAAAGUGAGUGACUGUGGUGUGACCAAAGGAUGCAUCAGGUAUGGAAAGCCUGGGUGCGAUGCGGAGACAUGUGACUACUUCCUUAGUUACCGUCGCAUCGGGACAGAUGUGGAGUACGAAAUGAGCGCCGACACUGACGGCUGGGUGGCUGUAGGUUUCUCCUCUGACAAGAAAAUGGGAGGCGAUGAUGUCAUGGGCUGCGUCCACGACGACAACGGCCGCGUGCGCAUCCACCACUUCUACAACGUAGGCCAGUGGGCCAAGGAGAUCAAGAGGAACCCCGCCAGAGACGAGGAGGGCAUCUUUGAGAACAACCGCGUGACCUGCCGUUUCAAGCGUCCGCUCUACGUGCCACGAGACGAGACGCUCGUGGACCUCCACCUGUCGUGGUACUACCUGUUUGCCUGGGGCCCUGCCAUACAAGGCUCCAUCACUAGACACGACAUCGACAGUCCACCCGUAAGCGACCACAUGGUCAGUAUUUACAAAUACGAGGACAUCUUCAUGCCUUCCACAGCCUACCAGACCUUCAAUUCACCCCUUUGCCUAUUACUCAUAGUAGCCCUCACCUUCUACUUGCUGAUGGGAACACCAUGAAGGCGGUGGUGGGCGGACAAGAUGUAGCAGCAAUAAAACAAGUUACUUUUAAGUCUGUGCUUUGCACGCACACACUAUAUUAGACAUUU